UAAGAAUAGGAGAGUUUUCAAUCCAUUUUCUAAUUUUGAUGAAUUUCCCUUUGCAGGAUUCGCAUUGAAAUGAACCACGAGGUGUGUCCGUCAUCCGUCUAUCGCCUUAUACUGUGAGUUCUGUGAUUUUGCCCGACUGAAGCCUAAAGCCUGAAUAAUGGCAGCGCCCACUUCAAUCAUGGAAAUCCUCGGAUGCCUGACCCUGCUGCUCUUUGUCCUGCUCGUCAAGAGCGGCUAUUGCAUAGACUGCUUCAAGUGCAUCUCGUAUAAUGGGGCCAACAAGGCGUGCGACGAUCCGUUCCACAACAAUUACUCCACCGCCAUCCUCGAGUCGCCCUGCAUGGGCGGUCGCAAGGGCCGCGACGGCCUCUUCCCGGCCACGGCCUGCAUUAAGAUCGCCGGCUAUUAUGAUGACACCGGCGAAACGAUAACGGUGCGGGGCUGUGCCCUGGACAGCGGCACCCUUACCACAGACACCGAGUUAAUAAGAAUGUCGCACUGUGGAAAGUUUUACUACGAUAAUAGAUACGUGCAUGGGUGCCUUCAGAGCUGCAGCGAUGCGGAUGCUUGCAACACGGCCACGUCGCAACGGCAUCCAGCGAAGGCGGAGGCGCUAAUGCGGCAUCUGCUUAGCUUCGCGGUUUUGCUGGUGGCAGCUGCAAGGUAGCAAUAGAAGUAGCACAUUGGACGAACCAUAAGGAUGUGAAAGAAGAGGGGAAAGGGAAACCCCAUAAAAGUUGAGAAGAUAUUGAAAAUGAAGUGUGGAAAAAGCGUGGAAAAUCAUUUAAUAUAAUUCAACUGCGAGUGGAAAUACUUUUUUCCUUUGGUUCGGCGACGCCGAUGCCCCACUCAUAUGCUCCCUAUCCCGAUGUCUCUACCUGCAUGUCAUCCCUCACCUCUCAAAACUCUCUCAGUGUCUAGGAUUGCACUUUACAAUAAUUGCACCAGAGCCACAGCAACAAGGACAGGCAACAAGGACACGCUCGACAAACGAACCCACAGUCAGCACACAGUGGCAAUGGAGCAUAUUUUUAUGGAAUUCAUCAAGCAAUUAUGUGAUUUAUAAACGAAUACUCAACAACUAUCUUACAAUAAUUGAUGGCGAAACUUGAACUAUGUAUUGUAUUUAGGUACAUAUGUAUGUAUAUGCUAAGCAUUCGAGAGUCGAAAAUCAAAGGCAGAAAUUCAAAUUCUAAUUGCAAUUAUUUUUAGCUUCUAAGCAAAAUGAAACCUAGAUUUAAAAGCGUGCUACCGCUGCUAAGUUUUCAUCAAAAAUUAA